UAGAUCAGCGUAUUCGCACGGCUACUGUGAGAAAGUGCAGUCUGACGCUGAAUGCGAACAGCUUUGCCAUUGACGGUCACGGGAUUUAUAGACGCUGGUACAAACACUACGAAACAGGGGAAUCUAAAAUUUAAAGAUGACGACUGAGCCGUUGCGGUCGGCUCUGUCCAUGAAAUAUGUGGAGGAAACGUCUCUCGCCGUCCCGUCGGAUACCAGACUGAAGUCAGGACAGCAACGGGUCCUGGAUCAAGUUCAAUCCAUCAAGAGGAAAUCUAAGCACGUCAAAAGUGGAUCGACACCCCCUACAAGUCCCCCCAACACCGGAUUCAAGGAGUUUCGGUGGCUGAAGUACUCCACUGCUGGUGAUGGAUCCGUCUUCUCAAAAGGCAUUUCCAACGGAGCAACGAGCGUCAAGAAACCGGUCAACUCCCAGCAGAGCUUUCAGUCCAACGGUAACUACACAAUGAAGAUGGGCGCCGGCAGUGUUGGCAGGAGAACCGUAAGCACGUCCAGCCAAUGGCAGAAACGCUUCCUCUCCAUGGGCGCCAGACCUGUCACUCAGCCGGUGGUGCACACCAACGGCCUGAAGCCUAGCCGUAGCAACCCAGAGCUGGCAGCCAAAGCGACCCUGGAGCAGAGGAGCUUUUCCAACAUGCAGCCCCAGGUCAACCAGUACAGUGACUACGGCGUCAACGGUGGCACCCUCUACGGGGCCAACACUGGCACCAUGUACGGGGCCAAAAGCGGCACCGUCUAUUCGGCCAACAACGGCAAUGUCUAUGCCGCCAACAACAGCGGCCCUGUCUAUGCUGCCAAAAGCGGUGCUGUCUAUACAGCCAACAACAGCGGUGCUGUCUAUGCAGCCAACAGCGGCCCUGUGUGCUAUUUUCCAGCUCCCUCCAACCCGGUGAGCAAUUACCCGGCUUUCUCCAGCGUCUCCAUGACUGAGUCCAAGAUGUCCGCUCCCAAGGUCAAGGGCUUCUUCGCAGGGGCGACUGUGGAUGGAGCCACGUCCCAUCCAGACAUCACCAUGACGGAAGCUGUGCAGUAUCUUCUGAGCCAGGACGAGAACUACCAGCACUGCGGAGCUUCCUUCAUCCAGCACAGCACCUUCAACGCGGAGAAGGCCAAACAGCAGGUCCUGCAGCUGGGGGGGAUCCCCUCUCUCGUGGGCCUGCUCCACAGCCCCAGCGCGCAGGUGCGGCAGACGGCCGCCGCCGCCCUCCGUAACCUGGUGUUCAAGAACAACCCCAACAAGGAGGAGGUGGGGAGGAGUGGCGGGAUCGCGGAGGCCGCCGCCCUCCUCAGGGACACCAACGUCUCCGAGACGGAGAAGCAGCUGACGGGUCUCCUGUGGAACUUGUCCUCGGCAGAGAGCCUGAGACCGGAGAUGGUAAAGACCGCCCUGCCCGUCUUAACCGAAAGUGUCCUGGUGCCCUUCACUGGAUCCGGGGAGAAGAGUGCCAACAUCAACAUGGACCCCGAGGUCUUCUACAAUGCCACUGGCUGUCUACGGAACCUGGCCUGUGGGAAGAAGGGGAACCGGAAGGCGAUAAGGAACACGCGCGGGCUGAUCGACUCGCUGGUGCACUACGUGCAGAGCUGUGUGAACGCCGAUCGCCCUGAUGAGAAGUCAGUGGAGAACUGUGUAUGUGUCCUACACAAUCUCACAUACCAACUGGAGACUGAGGCGCCCAACCACUUCAGCAAGAUCACUGCCCUGGCGGGGGGAGGGACCCCCACCAGAGCCUCCGCCCAGCCGCCCUCCAGCCCCCCUCCUAUUGGCUGCUUCAGUCCACAGAGCUCUAAGGUCCCACAGGAGACCACCUUUGACUACCCGGUGCUGGAGGACAGCAACCCCAAGGGAGCGGGCUGGCUGUUCCACUCCAAGGCCAUGCAGGCCUACCUGUCUCUGCUGAGUGACAGUGAGAGUGACGCCACCAAGGAGGCCUGCGUGGGCAGCCUGCAGAACCUCACGGCCAAUAAGGGAAUAGUGUCCAGUGUGAUGAGCCAGGCCAUCGUGCAGAAGCUGAACGGCCUGCAGCACAUCGCCCCCCUGGUGCAGUCCUCCAACCCCAGCAUCCAGAGGACUGCCGUGGCACUGGUGGGGAACCUCACCAGGACCCCACGGCUGCAGAAGAGCAUGGCCCGGCAGAUCCUCCCCCAGCUGGUUGCCUUUCUCAGCUCGGGCGGUCGGAACGAUGUCGAAUCUGACGACGCCAUGGCAACGGCCUGCCAGGCCGUGGGAAACCUCCUGGUGGCAGAUCCCGAGCUGGGGAAAAAGCACCUGAACAACAGCUUCAUCAACUCGCUCAACGACCUGAGCAGGAACAGCUUCUUCCCAAAAUCAAGCAAAGCUGCGGCCCUCCUUCUGUACGGCCUCUGGGCGGAGAAGAACCUUCAAACAUAUCUCAAAAAGCAAGGAAUGAAUAAGGGCUCGUUUGUGAAUGACAUCACCACGGCUGUCCACAAGUCAGUGCUAGUGGAUUAGUCGAAAGGAGGUCUGGAAGAAAACCAAAAGACAGAAGCGGACAUGUUGAGAGAGUCAUCUCAUUGAUCUGUGGCUUUGCUACAUAAAAUAUGAAUGUAUUUUCUGCGGUACUGCACUUUGGUCACUGAAAAGCUGUUUUCUAAUGUCUCUCAUUGAUUUUGUACAUUUAUAAUGAAUGGAUUUGUAAACAAAAUGGAUGAAUGAGACACCGAGAGCAGACAAAAUGGCCGCCCCUGGCUGUUUUCCACGUGACCAAAUGAAGAAAUGAUUGACGUGAAUCUUCCAACAACAAGGGAUGAUGACAACUGUGUCAUGGAGUGUAAAUUACUGAAUGAUAAAGGUUAAAGACAUCUUUCUUCAUGUUCUGGUUUCAUUUGGCAGCCUCAGUUUCUUCUCCAUCAGUGCGGCCCACAGAAGCUCUGUCAAUGAAACGGAAAGUGCUAGAAGUUGAGCGGCAGAUCUUUAUUCUCACAUCAGUGAAAGUUUUGCUUGGAAUUUUUCCUUUUCUUCCAGUUUGGAAAGCUGAAUGUGUAAUUUAUAGGCCUGUCUUAUUGUUGCAACAUGCUUUAGUAAUUCAUGAGAGUGUAAACAAGCACAAACAUGCUGUCUUCUCAAGCUUUGAUAUGUAAAGAAGGUCAUGGUUUCAUCAAAUUUCAUGUAGCAAUAACAUCAACUGAUGUUGAGAUAAAUAUCUGUUGCUCUGGUUUGGCUGUGGCACUAAUUUUGUUUUUUUAAUGAUGCAGUGGGUCGGUAAGGACAGAUUGUCUGAUGGCUUUUCUUGCUGUUUAUGCAAAACACUUACUACUUUACUUUUCAGUGUGAUUUCUCUGUCAUUUUAGAGGGCAAUUUCCAUUGAAUCUGACUGUAUUCAUAAGUUGUGACUUCAUGGCACAUUCAGACAUUUUUUAUGGAUUUCAUUUAACAGAUUUAGAACUCAGAUCAAAUACAAUUUUGGUUUUCAGUGGUAUGUUUCAAACAGUGAUCAGGGGCGUUGUUCACCACGCGUUGCUCUCACUUUUAAUCUUUCAAUGCAUUUUCACUUUUUAAUUUGACCAUUUGUAUCAGCUUUUUUAAAUUGUAAGAUAAUACUAUAUUAAGCAUUAACUGCCCAUGCACAGUUAUUAUGGUUGUUUGUUAAGUUGUUUGUUGGGCUGAAUUUGUUGGAAUUGUCAUGUGUGACUAACGCACACCACCAGGAUGAAAGGCCAAAAGAUGACACAAUUUUGCAAGCCUCUAUGGCUGAUAGAGGCUUGCAAAAUAGUGUCAUCUUUCGGCCUUUCCAAAAUGGGCAGAAUUCUGACACACAGUACUGCUUUUGUAUUAAAUAUUAAUUAUCAGUGCUUCAUGGAAUGAAUUUGACCAUAAAUGCAUCAUAAUUACAUAUUCUUUUGCAUAAGAAUUUGUUGUGUGUUUCAUGUGGGUUGGCUUGAGAAACUGAUUGCUUAACCGCUUUGCUUUAUAAAUGCAUUGUCAUGUAAGCACCUUAUGACUUUUUUAUAUUGAUUAAAUAAAAGAUUUUCAAAUUAAA